AUGCUGCGCGCCCCCUCGAGCUGGGCCCACCUCCCGGCACCUCGUCCUCGCCUCGUCCGCCCGUCGUCGACCCUGCCAAAGCCGCCGCAGCUCGCUACACUCGCCGAUCAGGACGACAUGCGCCCCGCAAGGGACUGGCUCGCAGCCUUUGAACGCCUCGGCACCGCAGAAUGGCCAAAAGACCUCUUCGAGACAUCCUUCACUCGCUCGUCCGGCCCAGGCGGCCAACACGUCAACCGCACCUUCUCCAAGGCCACCGUCCGCCUCCCCCUCCCCUCCCCGACCCUCGUCCCGCCCUACGCCCUCCCCCACCUGCGCCAGUCGCCGCACUACGUCCCCUCGGCUCUCCUUGUCUCGUCGUCGGCCCAGCGCACCCAGCAGACCAACCUCGCCGACGCGCUCGGCAAGCUCAAGCGCGCCAUCGUCGACGCCGCCACGCGCGACCUCGUCGGCGACACGACCAAGGAGCAGAAGGACCGCGUAAAGGGCCUCGUCGUGCGCGAGAAGAAGAAGAUGGAAAAGGUCAAGAAGCUGAGGAAGGACGUCAAGGGCGGCAGGGGCAAGGUCCGCGGUUGGGACUGA